UCCCACACCCAUAACUACAGAAUAAGAGCCGUACGUUAAGAACACGACGAAGAAAACAAAGGGAUCCCGUCACCACCAAUGGCACAGAUGCCUUACCAACUCAAAUAGCCGGAGAAUAAUAAACAACACCAACUGGUCCAUCGAUAUUACUCUACGUAUAUAAAUGCGGUCUAGAAAGCUGCUUCCCAUUUCAUACAAAUCACAGACACGUAAAAAAGAAAUAAUAAUAGACAAUUAAUGGAGAGUUUGUUAGUACUACUGUUGUUGUUGGUCCCAGUGGCAGCCCAGCUGAUUACUCAAUCGUUGUCGGCCUUUCCGACGGAGCGGCGGGACCACCGUUGUGGCAAACUCAGCGACGGGGCUUGGGGUGCGUGCGACCGGUCCAAGGGACGCUGCUGUGGUCGGUGGGGUUACUGCGGCGACGGCGACUCGUAUUGUGACUGGUUUCAUUGUACCAACUAUUGUCCAUCACCGUCGACGCCGCAGCCUCCUGCUUCCGGAGGAGCUGGGACGGGAACGGUAGUGGUUACCGCUGUCGAAAACCACCACAACGAUCAUCAUCAUCAGUCGCGGAGCCAGAAGUUGAAAUCAGACCAUCAUCAUGUGAUCAUAGCCGCCGCCAUUAAUGCAUCUUCUUCUUCGUCGUCGUCGUCAUCCUGUGCAACUUCCCUCUCGAGCCUGCCCUUGUCUGCCCUUCACAAGUAUCCUUGGGCUGCUUUAGCACCUCGAAAUGGAAAUGCUACUACCUAUUGCGGCCGAUGUUUGAAGGUAACGAAUCUUGGUGUCGGAGGAGUUCAUCAUAAAGUGAAGGUACGUGUUGUUCGCGAAGGUGACAAUGAGGGGCUGGAGUUGGACGUGGACACCUUCAACAAACUCGACAUCGAUGGCCGUAAAGAUGUCGCAGGCCGUCUUUCAGUGGAGUAUCAGUUUGAGAGUUGUUGAUGAAGAGUAUGAAUUGUGUAACAGAUUCAAAUCUUCAACGGUACAUUUGCUCCGCGACGACGUUUUGCCGAUACCAAACUCCACUUGACGAGACGAUGGCGUUUUAACCCCAGACAUCAAAGAGUAUGAAUUGUGAAAAAAGAAAAAUAGCAAACGCAUCGAGUUUUUCGUUUUCAUGGAGUGUCGGGUUUAUGCUUUAUAGUAGAAAGAAAUAAGGUAUCGACUACUUCUACGAGUCGAAGAAAACGGCGGAAAAUAAAUGUUUAUGUGCUAUAUAUAAACUCUGGUUUCUAUUUCAACUUGAGUGCAACAAAUAUAUGUGAGGAUUUAUAUGUCUAUAAACAUUUGGGGAACUCCUCAUCAUUGAAUUUGGUGAAUUGGAAAAUAAAAUCCAUGAAAAACUCACUAGCAAAUUCUUAUUUUCGAUCUGAUUGGCUUUUUCACAAUUUCAUUUUUUCUAAUUGGAUUUACCCAAUUUGAUCAAUGAAAAGAAACAUAGGAAGAAGAUGAGGGAGAUUGGCAGAAGAAGAUCCCAACUUCUCAUAGUCACAUAAUCCCAUCCCAAACAUUCUGGCAUGUAGCAAAUCAGCCUCAUGAAUUUUCGAAAUAAAGCUGGAUUCAUCUCCACCACAGAUUUGGCCAAAGCUGCAACUACCCUGAUGGCCCAGAGGUCCUAUGGCCAUAGCCAUUCAGAUAUGGCAAGUUCUUCCUUUUGCAAUUAGGCGGCAUCUACCAAAGAAAGUAUAUGAACCAUUGAUUGAAUUAAGUGCAUUCUUUCAAGAAUUGUGCUGCAAAUGUCCGAGUGUUGAUGAUCUAGAUCGCCUUGAACGUCAAAUCGUGAUGACCUUAUGCAAAUUAGAGAUGAUAUUCCAUCCUUCAUUAUUUGACAUCAUAGUUCAUUUGUGUGUUUACUUGCCUACGGAGGCUAUGAUUGUUGGACCACUGCAAACAACAUGGAUGUACCCAUUGGAAAGUUUUUUGCGAACUCUUAAGUCUUAUGUUCGUAAUAAAGCUCAUCCAGAGGCUUCCUUAUAGCAUAAGCAUAUAAAAUUGGUGAGUGCUUGACUUUUUGUUCAAUGUAGCUCGAUGGUAUUGAUACCAAGUUUAAUAAGCUCCCAAGAAAUAAUGACGACAAUGGAAGUUCUUGUCGAAACUAGAGAUGAUAUUCCCUCACCUCUUCAUAUUCAAUGUUGCUUUUCUAAUAAACAAUAGGUAUGACA